AUGCCGCCAAUCCGUCUUGCAACAGCCUCCCCAUCUACCUCCCCCACAACCUCCCAAACUCUUUCUCAAAUAUCCAGCCUAGCCCGCCGCGCCUCUUCCCAUGGUGCCGACCUACUGCUCCUCCCCGAGGCUUUCAUCGGAGGCUACCCCCGAGGCGCCUCCUUCGGCUCCAAGAUCGGUUCCCGAGCUCCUGAGGGCCGUGACGAGUUCCUGGAAUACUUCAACAAGGCCAUCGACUUGGGCGACACCGUCGGCGAUGCUGGUGCCGGUGGUGGUGACCGCUGGGUGAAGAGGGACCUGCCGGCGCAGUUUGCCGCCGAAGAGGGAAAGCCUUACACCCGCGGCGACGGGUCGAGAGAAGAGCUUGAGAAGAUUGCCUCCGAGACGGGAAUGUUCAUCGUCGUCGGCUGCAUUGAGCGUGCUGGUGGGAGCUUGUACUGUUCGGUGGUGUAUGUGUGCCCAAAGUUGGGCAUGAUUGGGAAGCGACGCAAGGUGAUGCCUACUGCAACCGAACGCCUGAUCUGGGCCCAGGGUUCUCCUGCCACCCUCCGCGCCGUCUCGACCGUUAUUAAGGGCGUGCGUAUCAACCUCGCCGCUGCAAUCUGCUGGGAGAACUACAUGCCCCUCCUGCGCCAAGCCCUUUAUGCGCAGAACAUCAACCUGUACCUCGCCCCCACGGCCGACGGCAGAGACACAUGGCUGCCCCUAAUGCGCACUGCCGCCUGUGAAGGACGCUGCUUCGUCGUAUCGUCCAACAUGGCCGUGCGUCCGCCAGGCGCCGCCUCCAAUGGUCAAGAGAAUGGCGAGGAGAGGGACGCGGAUGUGUACUCACCCCGCGCGAGACGGAACUCGUGCCUGACGGAGGAAGGUUUCGAGAUUGCGUUGCCUGAAGGCGGCAAGGAUGGCAACAGCAGCAACAACAACAAUGCCUCUGGCGAGACUACAAACCCCAGCCCUCGCCGUCGGAGAAAGUCCGUCAUCAUCGAGGACGGAAACGAGAUCGUGCUCUGCUGCGACGACGACGAGCCCGCCAACGGCGCCAGGACAAACGGUGCUGCCAAGACGACGGCAGCCAAGACCAACGGUCUCAAGUCGGCCGACUGGAUCUCCCGCGGCGGAUCUUGCAUCGUCGGCCCCUUUGGCGACGUCCUUGCCGGCCCGCAGUGGGAGGACGACGAGAGCCUUAUCUACUCCGACGUCGACUUCCAGGACUGCAUCCGCGGCCGUCUGGAUAUCGACACUGCCGGUAGCUACUCGCGUAACGACUCGUUCAAGUUCUCCGUCGAGGGCCUGGACCUGGACCCCUUGCCGUAUUGA